GCACUGGAGGGAUUAACUUAAAAUUGAAUGGAUGGAAGUAUUGUACUUUAUUUUUUUUUUCAAUUUUAAUUUCAAUGAUCCUUACAUAUAUUCCAGGAUCUGAAGAGAAUUUUAAGGCUUUUUGCAUUUCUUCAUGAGGGUCGAUGAAUCGCGUCAGACUGAACCCGUCAUGUGGUCAACUGCAUCAGGUCAGCGGCAUCAUCAAAAGUCAAUCAACAUGAGACUCUGCACUCACCUUUAAACUUUUAGAUUAGUUUAGUCUCACGUUGAGUCAUGACUGGGAUAUAAUGACACCCAUUUUAGUUUCUUUUUUAGUCAAAGCCAGUUUUUGUCUGCGAGGACAGGUGAAGAAAUCUUCAAGUUUCCCUUAAGGCAGUUGUGACAGUGCUGCAGCCAUGGCUGAAUGGGGCUUCCUCGGGGGAUUCUUUGACAACCUCCAGGCUCACUCGCCGAUGCUUGGACGUUUUUGGCUCUUGCUCAUGCUCGUGUUUCGGAUGCUGAUCCUUGGAACCGUGGCCAGUGACCUGUUUGACGAUGAACAAGAGGAGUUUACUUGCAACACUCUUCAGCCAGGCUGCAAACAGGUGUGUUAUGACAUGGCUUUUCCCAUCUCCCAGUACAGAUUCUGGGUGUUUCACAUAGUUCUCAUCGCUACGCCUUCGCUGCUGUUCCUCAUGUAUGCCUCACAUCAUCAUGCCAAGAGAGCCACACGCUCCAAAUCCAGCCAAAGCAGCUGCCAGGACUACAGAGAGGACAAAAACUUACAAAGGCUCUACAUUGUAAAUGUAGUCUUCCGCAUCCUGGCAGAAACUGGCUUCAUUGUGGGCCAGUAUUUGCUUUACGGCUUCGAGGUGAAUCCCCAGUUUCCAUGCAGCCGUUUCCCAUGCCCCUAUACGGUGGACUGCUUCACCUCCCGCCCCAUGGAGAAAACAGUCUUCCUCUGCUUCUACUUUGCUGUGGGAAUUUUAGCAAUGAUUUCCAGCGUUGCAGAGCUUUUCUAUUCCUCCACAAAAUGGUUUUGCACAAAGCGGGAUCGUUUUGGCCCGGAUCACUCCUGCACCUGCCACAAUAUCCAGAACCGCCAGCAAGAGGAGUCGGGAGAGAGAAUGGGAUUAAAGAUGGGAUCUGAGAGUGUAGGCAGCUGUGAGAAGCUGAAGAGAUUACCGCUGAGAAAGAGCACCGGCAGGAAGGCCAGGAGCAUCGGUAUCAAGCAAAAAUGCGGCAAAUAUGUGGACAGCAAGACACUUAUGGUGUGAGAGGCUCUCCAGGUUCUCCUGAAAACUUGAGAUAAUUUUUUCCAAUAUCUGUAUUUUACUUGAAAUAACUUCACUGCUAAUGAGUGACCUGGUGUAACUGAUGGUAAACAGAAAGACACUUAGAACAUCAGGGAAUGAGUAAAGACAAGAGGGGUGAUAAGGCUGAUAAGACCAGCCACGCAUUGCCUUGUUAACCUCCUGGUUUGAUGAGUCAUUACAGACUAUAAACAGAGGAGGAAAAGAAUAUCCUUAGGGACACGCUUGUUUAAAGUGCAUUUGUUUGAGCUUUUGUGGACACGCCUUUCUUAGCGGAAAAAUCCGUGCUAAAGCCACAUCUGAUUUGAUUUUUUUUUUCGGUCUUGAACAGCAAAGCUCAUCAUUCAUAAAUUCCUCCCUUUAUUUGAAAACUUUUUUUUUUUAAGUUUGAACUAUCAGGAAGUAUGCUCUUUUUCUUUCUUGAGUGGUUUAGACACUUGAAAACUUUUCGAAAGUAUAAUUUUAUCUUCUGUAGUACGACUACAUACAAGCUUAUCAGAUUAAAAUGGUUGAAUUUUAAAAUUGUACAUGUCCAAUGCUUGUGUUUAACCUCUAUAUGAAUAUUUAUUAAUUUUGAACUAUAUCUUCUCUGCAAAGUGGAUUGUUUUUGGUCACAAACAGGGAAUUUGAACUCUAACUUUGUUUUCUUAGUUAGAUUUAACCUUUGUCUGGUGUUAGCUUUCUGUUACCAUCUCUGAUGUUAACGGGUCGGUUUUGACCCGUGUUUUAAAUUAUCUCUAAAAUACACUAAAAGCAAUUAUCCAUCAUCCAAUUUGUUUCUCAUCUCUUGGUUACAUUGUUAGGCUUCCUUAUCCAUGAAAAUAUUGGUUUUUAAUAUUUUUGGUAUUGGACUCUGGGCCUUUUUUUGUCAGUAUAACCCUUAAUUUCAAUUUUAAAAACUGGUCAAAUGAGCCUCAAGAGAAUCAUAUGAUAAAUAAAAGGUUGUUGUGUUACCUGGCUAUUACGGAGAGGUAUUAGAACACAUAUCUUAAAUAUAUUUGUUUCAUUUAUUUUUUCAUUUUAAUAUUAACUAUAGUAUCAUCUAUGGUGUUAUGGGUAAAUUUCGACCCAUUUACUUCAAGGAAAUGGAAAAAAAGUAAAAGGUAACAAUUUCAACCAGAGCAUUUUAUAAUUUAGUGAAAAAAAAAUGUUGGAUAUUAUUUUGUUGAAAUAAAGGUUCCUGACAAAGUCAAAAAGCCUUGAUGCAAUAAAUGCAUUUUUGUGGUAGUUUUAUGAAUUUAAAACCUAAGAACGGGUCGGUGGCAACCCUAACAACAGACGAAGGUUAAAAAAACUAUUUUACUUUGACAUAUAAUUUCAACCAACAACAGUCAAUGUGAACAUGAUUUAUUUUUAUUUGGAAGUUUCACUUUAACUUGAAUGUGAUGUCAUAAAAAGAGAGUCGGGAUGUACGUUUAUAUCUUGAAAAUGUUUGGUAUGAAAGUGAACUAAUUUGCACAGAUGUUUUUCUAUUUGCACCUCUGUAACUUUUUUUUUUUUAAGCACACCAUAAAAUGGUAUGCUUGAAUGAAAACCACACUUGCAUUAAAUGCGAAGAGACUUUCUUUUCUCACACUAUUUGUGUUUGUGUGUUAUAAUGAGCUGUCAAACUGCAUGCCAGAAACGAGCUCGGCAGCAUUUCCAGAUUCAUUGUUGCAUGAUCUUGCAGGAACAACUGAAAUACUGUAUCUCACAAUGCUGCUUUGUUUAUACUGAAAGUGGAAACAUUUUGAUUUUGUUUCAUUUGUUAUAUGUCUGAUAGCGAAAUGAUUAAAAACCCCCAUGAUUUUGUAAAUACACAA